AUGAAACCAUCCUCUCUCUCAUCAACUAUCGCAUUUCUCUUGUUCGCACUAAUUUCAGCCGCUUCUUGCCGUUUUCUUCGUCGGAGACCAGUGGCCGGUGGCUUCCGUAGCAUUGGAACUGAUCUAUUGGCCCUCGUUUGGAGAAUUUUUCGGUUUGUUUCAAGGGAUGACUUUUGUUUCGUUGAGGUUGCGCGUGGUAUCUUUGCCGUUGUUGGUUUAUGGUGGUGGGUUCUCGUUGAGUUGGUGCCCGAACCUUGCCUUUCCCUCCGUCUCUUGUCUCCUUGCUUCAGCCAUCAAUUCCCAUUUGGAUUGCCCCAUUUCUUUUCAGAGCUUUCUCCUACCUUUGUGGUGUUCUCUCACGAUGAAGACGCCUCAGUCAUCACCGUCGCACCCGGAGGCUUGUUCGAGUUUAUUCCAGUUUGGUUGGCUUGCUGGGUUAUGAAGUUCUUGGUUCUGGGCUAUGCUUCCGGAGAUAUCUUCGUUUUCCUCCGGCUUUAUCUCUGA